CCCGAGUCGGGGAUCUUUAAUCCUCUGCCGCAGCAGCAGCACAGCCGGUAACCAGAGGAGGGGGGAGCACGGUCGGACGGGAAUGGACCGCACGGGCUAGGCUAGCGUAAAAAAGGCCGAAACAGCUCGGUCUUUUAGAUAGACGACAGUAUCACCGAGUAAAAACAGAGAUAACGACCAGAGCGAGCCGACUCUUUGCACAGGCCAGACCCCCUCCUCUCUGUGCUUUAGCCUACAGCCUAUUCACAGCCAUUUUCCCGUUUAAGAGACUUCAUUCAGAGACGGCGGUUAAAUAUACCCCCAAACGCCCGUUUGUUUCAUUCAAACGUCGAAUAUUUUGAGUUUUUUUUUUUUUUUUUUUUGCGGAUACCACGCCUCGUCCUGCCGGUUUCUCGCGGCCGGUUUCACUCCCCGGUUCGCCCUUCAAGCCGCGUCGCCGCGUCCCCUCUGCUGCUGUCAGCUGCUGCGCAUCAGCAAAACAUGCAGGAUGAGCCUGUGGGGGUGACAACCACGCAGUUACCCCAGUCAACCGAGGAAAAGGACCACCGCAGCAGCAGCAGCAGCAGGAGCACGGUCAGCAAAUCCGGAAAGCAAACCGACAGCCAGCCGAGCUCGUUCACGUCGGAUUAUAACCACCUAAAGCAGAAGGUAGCUUUCCCCGAUUUCGAUCGAGAUCGUUUUUGCCCGACGCAGUCUAUCUGUGACCUUCAGCACAGCCGAAAAAUACAUCAGCAGUUAAGUCAGCACACUGAGUUUAGCCCCACAGAGUCACCCCCACCCCAGGGACGUUUCAGUCACCUGCCGCAGAGGCAGCCCUUCUGCAAACCCGACCCCGUCGCUGCUGACCCCUGCGGUUCUCCAGUGGAAGAGGCAGAAGCUGAUGCUGCGUCGCCAUCGCCUUCUUCCGUAAACCUAAACAAGAUCCAAAUGGACUCCCCUCUCGCCCACCAUAUAAACAACGGCAAUGGCAGCAGCAGCACCGGCAACAUGUUGUCCGGAGGUCUCGGCGCCGCUUUCCCGAACCUCCCCACCCAGGAGAUGCAGAGCGCCAGCGGCGGCUCGUCCUCGCCUUCCCUCCCCGGGUUCGGCACCCCUUGGUCCGUCCAGACCAGCUCCUCGCCCCCGCCCGUCCCCAGCUCCAUUAACCCCAUCCACGCGAACGCCGUUAACCAAAUGCCCAACGCGGACUCUGACAACAGCUUCUACCCAGGUAUCCCCUCCUCCAUCAACCCGGCCUUCUUCCAGAGUUUUUCGCCGGUGUCAGCUAAUCCAUGCGCCGGGAUUAAUGUGCAGGGCUUCAGCGGUCCCUUCUCGCCCCAGAUAAACGUCCCUCAGCAGCCGCAGAGCCGCAGGUCCCCGGUCAGUCCCCAGAUGCAUCCCCAGCAGGGAGCCUUCCUGCAGCAGAGGAACAACUACAACCAACAUCAGCCCAUGGUGAAACCAUCUCCAUGGGGCAGCCACCAGGGGAACGGCUGGGGCUCCGGAGGCAUGUCCUGGGGCCGAGACCACCGCAGAGGGAGUGGCAUGGGCGUACCUGGCUCAGUGAGUCACGUCUCGCCCCUGAAGAAGCCGUUCUCCAGCAACGUCAUCGCUCCUCCCAAGUUCCCACGCUCCGGAGGGUCACUGGGGCCUAAGUCCUGGAUAGAGGAGAACAUGUUUCGCACAGACAGCAACAGCAACACCUUGUUGCCACUGCAGGACCGAACCAGAAUGUACGACAGUCUGAACAUGCACUCCCUGGAGAGCUCCCUGAUUGACAUCAUGCGGGCCGAGCAGGAUCCGAUGAAAGGCCGUGUGGGAUGCCCUAACCCCGGGGCUGACGGCCUACUCAUGCUCAAUGCCAGGAGCUAUGGGAGGCGUCGAGCAGACUCGACAUUCGCCGCAGCCUCACCUGCCCGUUUUCCUCCACCAGGCCGCUCCUCCCUCUUCCCUAUCGAUGACAAUCUCCUCGACGACGGCCACGGCAACCAAGGUGUCCCGGGAGUGCUCGGCUCUCCCAACUGUUACCCCCACCAAAACGGGGAACGCAUCGAGCGCUUCUCUCGCAAGGUGUUUGUGGGGGGCUUGCCUCCCGACAUAGAUGAAGAUGAAAUUACCUCAAGCUUCCGUCGCUUCGGGCACCUGGUGGUGGACUGGCCACACAAAGCAGAGAGCAAAUCCUACUUUCCACCUAAAGGUUACGCCUUCCUGCUGUUCCAGGAGGAGAGCUCAGUGCAGGCUCUGAUUGAAGCCUGCAUGGAGGAGGAUGGGAAACUCUACCUGUGUGUCUCCAGCCCCACCAUCAAAGACAAACCUGUGCAAAUUCGACCUUGGAACCUGAGUGACAGUGAUUUCGUGAUGGAUGGAUCUCAGCCCCUCGAUCCGCGCAAGACCAUCUUUGUGGGAGGCGUCCCUCGUCCCCUGAGAGCAAUUGAGCUGGCCAUGAUUAUGGAUCGUCUCUAUGGCGGAGUGUGCUACGCAGGAAUCGACACGGAUCCAGAGCUCAAGUACCCUAAAGGGGCCGGACGAGUGGCCUUCUCCAACCAACAGAGUUACAUCGCUGCCAUCAGCGCCAGAUUUGUCCAGCUGCAGCACGGCGACAUUGAUAAGCGGGUGGAGGUGAAGCCCUACGUCCUGGAUGAUCAGCUGUGUGACGAGUGCCAGGGUGCACGCUGCGGAGGCAAAUUCGCUCCAUUUUUUUGCGCUAACGUCACCUGUCUCCAGUACUACUGCGAGUUCUGCUGGGCCAACAUCCACUCCCGCGCCGGCCGAGAGUUUCACAAGCCCCUGGUCAAAGAGGGCGCCGACCGACCCCGCCAGAUUCACUUCCGCUGGAACUAGAGACGCGAGCCCACGUCCGCGGCGGCACAGUCAGAGGAAAGGGAAUGAAACGCUGGCUAACAGGAAAAAAGAGCAUCGCUCCGCCUCUACUGCUCUCCUAAGCUAUCACUAUAACCGAGUACGUAACACUAUACAGUAUACACUAUAUAUAUCUAUAUAUCUUUUGUAGCAGCCAAACACCACAAGCCUCAGUUUUCACCAAAACCCCCCUCACAUCUCAGGCUCUGACAACUCUACAACUCUUUUGUGGUACUUUCAUCUUUUCUAAGAGGAGAUUUAAAAAAGAGAUUGAUUUUUGUAGCUUUUUUUAUUAUUAUUAUUUUUGUAUGUGAGAUUUAACGUAGAUACGGGAAUGUUUUUGCAUGGGGGCAGCUUGUCUGUCUGUUUGUCUGCUGCUAGCCACCCCACGGUGCGUUCAGUGCACACUCGUUUCUGAGAAGAACCUCUCUAAUGACGACGCUCGCCCCAGGUCAUUAACCAAAGGUAGCAAAAAGAUAGGAAAAGCUGAAAAAUUGACACGUUUUCUGCCGCAAAACAAAUUGUUGUUUUUUAAUGUCGCCAUGGGCUGUUUCUUCUUGUUAGAGAGUUUAUUAAAAAAAAGAUUAAAGGGUUAUUUUUGCGCUCAUACUGACCCAUAGAGUGAUACCUCAAAAUAUAAAAUCUGGUCUCUGCAAACUGUAUUCGACAUUUAUACGUAACAAGCUAUUUUAGAAGCUUUGCUGCUAUAUAUACAUAUAUAUGAAUAGAUGUGUAGGUAUUAUAUUUAAUGCCAUUUAUAAACCUGAAUCAUGUAAAACGAAAUGCAGUAUGUACUCGACCACAUAUGGCCCCCAUGGCCAUGGAAAGAGUUAGAGUGCAUGUAAUGACAAUAGACUUAGCUACACGAAUAGCAUGCAGGUUAGACGUGAGAAAAAAAAAACACUGAGGAAAAAAAAAAACCUAAAAAAGAAACCACUGAAAUUCAACAAAAAUCUAUAGAGAGUAGCAUGAUCAUCAACUCAGAGGGAAAAAAUCAGAUGAAGCUAAAUAAGUAAGAAAAAACAAAACAAAAACAAACAUAUUUAAACGUGCAUGCAUUGAUGUUUCUCUGUUGUUUGAUCCGUUUACAUACUAACGAUACAAAAAGUGAAAUUGGUUCUACUGUAGACUUAGUGGACGCCAUCAUUUUGUGACACGGUGGCUUGUAUGGAAAAAAAAAAAAAAAAAAAUCCUGUCGAGAAGCAGAGUGGUGUUCAGUGGUUUGUGUUCGUGUGUCGUCCAUGUGCCGUGUGAGUGUUGUUAGUGUAGACUGAGGCUCUAGUUUAGUUACCAACAGAUCACGUAGAGGAGAAUCAAACAUCGGAAUGACUCUGCCUUCACCCUUCCCAGCCCCGUAUCUUUUGUGUGGUUCCAAAGGUUGAUGAUGAUAUAGCAUCGCUGCGGCGGACGAGAUGCAAACAGGGCGACUCUGUCGGUGAGCGUCCGUAGAAGCAUCCGAAAAAUGCUUGUUUUUCUUUGUAAGGACGCAGUCAGAAUUUCACGCUGUGCGGCUGCAGCUCUAGAAAGCCGAGGAAACUCUGGCUAAGUUACUGGAAGAUGACGCAUCUCCUCACCGCGCUUUUACGGUGAGGACGAAAGAUGAAACUCUCUCUCUCUUUGUUCACGUUUUGAUUUCCACCUCGACCCUUGAAAAGACUAUUUAGGGACAAUCUUUCUGUGAGGACGGCGACCCGGCCGUCUGUUCAGUACUGUACACGUGUGUCGCCCUUGUGUCGUCGUGGUUUUAGUGCUCCACGCCCCCGGUGUGUGUCCCCCGGUAUCAGUGUUCAAGCGUCAAGUGUGUACUGUUACGAAACCUUAACGAAACUUUAUUCACUUCGAGUCGACUAAUUCAAUCUGUUCGUGUCAACUAUCACUGGCCCUUCAGUAUGUUUUUUAUAAUAUAUAUUAUGCACUACUUUUCUAUAUCCCUGCUCAUUCUUCUCCUUCGUCACCCACUUAAGUGAUUUCAGCGCCGACUCUCUGAAGCCUCCACCUAUUUAUAAUUCUCCAGAUGAUUUAUUAAAUUUUUUAUUUUUUCAUGAUCACUUAUUUAAGAUGUAGCGUGAAGCAGUGGUCUUAAGUUGUCUGUGUUCUGUGUGAGUAGAGGAAGAAUCUGAUAUUUUCUAAUAUAUUCUAAUGUAGUGUGGAUCUUGCGAGGGCAGGGAGUCCGAAUGGGCAUCGCAGGGUGUGACAUGAACGAGGUGAAAGCUAAAGAACGAGCUCCCCUCCCCCCCCACCCCCAUCCUCCUCCUCCCCCCUCUCCCCCCUCUUGUGGCUUUAGUUCUCAUGGCGUCUGAUGAUGUUUGAAUAUCGUCACCUGUAACACUUGACUCGUGCUGUUUUUGUGAGGUUCUAUUUUCUAUGUUAAACACUGUUACUUUGUUCUGUACGUGUCCUUGUUUUUGUAAAAAUCAUAUUUAUUUCACUAUUUUUGUAGACAAAAAAAAAACUAUUUGAUUUUGAUUGUAUUUUUCUAUUUAAAUAGGACUUAUAUUACAAUUUAUUUCCCCCUGAUUAUGUCCAAAAUUUCUGUUCGAAGACAAAGAAUCAUGUCAUAAGCAACAACAUCAAAGUUUUUGAUAAACAGUUGAUUCUUAUUUUGAUACACGUGACACAUUUCAUUUGAAGGAAGGAAACAUGAAGGUUUUAUUAUAUUCUGGGAAGACACUUGAGAUUCUCCCCUGUUGCAUCGAGGCCCCAGCUGCCUGUCCUCAUAGAUGCUCUGAAACUUGAAUAUAACACAUUUUGAAAGGCUGACUAACCUCGAAUCUGUGUUGUGACGUGCAAUACUGUUUCUAAUGUUUGUAUAAAAGUAAGAACUACAGUGUAAACCUUUUUAAUGCAGAUUUAUUUUUUUCAUUGCAUAUUUUGCAGAUUUCUGAUCCACAGUGUCAUUUUUUACUGUCAGAAAAAUAAACCCCGUUUUUUCAUUGCAAGUAUUUUUAAAUCCAGAUAUCUUUGUACUGAUGUAAAUGAUUGUAGUUAUUUUGGAUAGUGUUUUGCUAACAAACGGAGAGACUUUUUCAUGCAUAUUUCUAUUUCAUUUCAUCUUGUUUUAUCCCGCAUUUUUAUUUCAUUUAACAGUAGCAGAAUUCUUGGCAUAAUUUUUCAUAUAUUUAAAUGUCAUUGGUAUUAUUUUGUAUUUUUAUGUGAAAAUACAAUAUAUAUAAUUUUAAGAUGCUAAUUGCUAAGAUAUUAUUUUGAGUUUAAUUAUUUUUAAAGCUAAAUAUUUGUAAUUUUAUUGUUAAAGUGACUAAUUUCUAAAUCAGAGUUUUGUGUAUAGAUUCACAAAAGUGGUUUAUGAGGUGUUUGGAUUGUAAUUAUUACUGAAUGGUUCUUUGAUAUGCAAAAUGAAUAUCAUGUUUAUUUUUAUUUUUGUUGGUUUUGUAUUUAAAUGGGGUGUUGAUUACAAUCUUUUUUUGUUUUGUUUUUCUUUCACUUCCUGAAUAAAGACCCAUUCUGUUUGGACACAA